CGCCACAGCUGUCUGCAAGCAUUGAGCUGCCUGGCGCCAUCCUGAAAGAAUGCCUUCACUGUAAAAAAAAAAAAAAAAAAAAAAAGAGAGAGAGAGGGGGGUAGAGUAAGGGCGAGAGAGCAGGAACAACACAGACAGAGAGGGAGAGCGAGGGGAGCGGAGUUAAUGGAGAGGGCUACAACUGCGCACAGAGAUUUGAUCAGUGAGUUUAAGUUGCUGCUGCCGGUCAGUGCGCAGUCACCGAGCCCUGCGCACGCACAAUCCUCCGCAACUUGUAGAGCCGCGCUGAAACAGUGACAUUUAUCUAAGAGGAAGAAGUUCACGAACUCUGCGUGGGACCGGAUUCCGUUUUUGGACGUAUUUACGUGACGCUACUUUCGUUGCAUUUUGUAAUGCGGGGUGAUCGGAGGCGAGCGCGGAGCCUGUGGAUUUAACAGAAAAACGGAUUUUGGACAAUUUGUUUCUACUCUUUUGACUGGUCCCUGUUUCCUUUGACGUGCAUGAACAUUCUGUGAAGAUUAAAAAAAUAUAUAUAUAUACGGGAAGCGAUGGAAGUAAGUGCGGAUCAGCCCCGAUGGAUGAGCCAUCAUCCCGCGGUGUUGAACGAGCAGCAUCCCGGCUCACAUCACCCGGGCCUCGGUCACUCGUACAUGGACCCUUCGCAGUAUCCCCUCCCUGACGAUGUGGAUGUACUGUUUAAUAUCGAUGGACAGGGGAACCACGUCUCUCCGUACUAUGGGAACUCAGUCCGGGCCGUCCAGAGGUAUCCUCCUCCUCCACACAGUAGCCAGGUGUGCCGCCCGUCGUUACUGCACGGCUCCCUGCCCUGGCUGGAGGGCAGCAAAGGCAUCGCCCCGCACCACAGUACUUCGCCCUGGAACCUGAGCCCGUUCCCCAAGAACCCGCUGCACCACGGCUCCCCGGCCAGCCUGUCCGUCUACCCUCCCUCCUCCUCCUCCUCGCUGUCCACCGGACAUUCCAGUCCACACCUCUUCACGUUUCCCCCGACCCCACCCAAAGACGUAUCCCCGGACCCAGGUAUAUCAACCCCGGGCUCCAGUAGCUCCGGUCGGCAAGAGGAUAAGGAGUGCAUAAAGUACCAGGUGACCCUGGCCGAGAGCAUGAAACUGGAGUCAACUCACAGCCGGAGCGUGGCGUCAAUCGGAGCAGGGUCAUCCUCUGCCCACCACCCCAUCGCCACAUACCCACCCUAUGUCCCCGAAUACGGGCCAGGCCUCUUCCCACCAAGUAGCCUGAUAGGUGGGUCAUCUUCUAGUUAUGGUUCCAAAACAAGACCAAAAACAAGGUCCUGUUCAGAAGGUAGAGAGUGUGUGAACUGCGGGGCCACGUCGACUCCGCUGUGGCGGCGGGAUGGUACGGGUCACUAUCUGUGUAACGCCUGCGGACUGUAUCACAAGAUGAACGGGCAGAACCGCCCUCUCAUCAAACCCAAGCGGCGGCUGUCCGCAGCCAGACGAGCAGGAACGUCAUGUGCAAACUGUCAAACGACAACGACGACGCUGUGGCGGAGAAACGCCAACGGGGACCCGGUGUGUAACGCCUGCGGCCUGUACUUUAAACUGCACAAUAUCAACCGACCUCUGACCAUGAAGAAGGAAGGCAUCCAGACCCGGAACAGGAAGAUGUCCAGCAAGUCCAAGAAGAGCAAAAAGUCCCAAGACAGCAUGGAAGACUUCUCCAAAAGCCUGAUGGACAAGAGCAGCUCCUUCAGCCCCGCCGCACUGUCUCGCCACAUGUCCUCCUUCCCGCCCUUCUCGCACUCCAGCCACAUGCUGACCACUCCCACGCCCAUGCACCCACCCACCAGCCUGCCCUUUGCCCCACAUCACCCUUCCAGUAUGGUGACAGCUAUGGGCUAGAAGACCCCCCACCCCAUGCUGCUCCGCCCCCAUCCCUGGGCCUCGCCACCACGCCCUCUGCUGACCUGCUUCCAUAUCUAAAAACAGAAACUGCUCCUCAGCCUGACCUACGCUCCCUCCGUAUGCCGACGACGACACGCUUUCGGCUCCUUUUGCCCUCAGUUUAUCUUAUUUUUGUAAGUGUACUGCUUUGCAGAGUGACUCAACAGUGGUGCGAGGACCUCUGGGGGGUGGGGUUCUUAUUUUGACCUCCAGUCGGUAAAGGGACUUGGACAUUUUCUCCCCCAAACGACUGGCACACAGAGGUUCUCCUCCCAGCUGAACCCUCGAAAAUGGAGCUCCAUUUGUGUAUAAAAAGCCACCCCCCAACUCAAAUCUUUAAUUCCCUGUUUUCUCUUCACAUCUCACCUGUGCAACAGGAACCGCCGCUGCUCCCCUUCUUCUUCUUCUGAAGAUGAGGAGUGAAAGACGCUGAAUAUAUUUGUACAAAUUGUAUGAAAUACAGUACAUUUAAUUAAUGAAGACUUUUUAAUUAAGUAAAAAAGAAAAAGUUAAUUUGCCCCUGGGCAGCUAACAACAAGAAGGGUACGAGGCGCAGCAGGUGGAGAGACUUUCUGCCAGACGAGGUGGAGGGAUGAAAGACCGUUUUCACCCACGUGAACUGUGUUGCAUUAAAUUUUGCAGGGACUCGGCGACUCCUGCGGUUGCCAUUUCUCUUUAUUUUUGGAUGUGCUAUAGGUCUCGGGCAAUCGGUUUGUGUUGACGUGCACGGAGACACACACACACACACACACACACACACGUUCUGGCACAUGACCACAUGAAAGACUUUCUUCCUGCUCACAGGUGAUAUGCAUUGUGAAAAAAAAGUUCCUGUAUUUGUUAUUUGUAUGUAUAAAUCAGAGCACCAAAAAUACGAAAGAAACAAAGAUGUAGAAUUAUUUCUUUAUGUUAUGCAGACUGAAUGGUUGUAAAAAAUUUAAUAAUAAUCACUAGUGUAAAAUAUGACUGCUUUUUUGUUUCGUAAUUUUUUUCCUCUUUGAAAAUAAUAAACUAGUUUAAUCUC